UUUUAUUCUUGUGUUUUUUGCCGUGUCUUGAUGUAAUAUCCUGGCUGCAAACGUACAUGGUUAUUUCGUUUAAAGUCCACACUUUACUACUUGUUUUUCUUUGAUUUAUCUUUGAACAUAUCAUUUUAUUAGUAAGUUAUGACAGCCAUAUACAGACACGAACAUAUUUAAUAUCAAACCGGUUUGUGUGAGGUGAUUGCAAAAUCUCUAACCUUGUACUCUGGUAUGAAAAUCACUAUUACCUUCAAUUCAUAAACAUUUCCUUAUGAUAAAUAGAUUACAAAAAUGUAGUUUCUAAUGUAAGGUCACAUAGUAAUAAACAUUUAACAGAAAGAACAAACAUACCUCACGUUUUAUUCAUUGGGCAUUGAUAUUUAAGGGAGAUUCAGAACUGUUUGUUUGUGCUUUCUCAAAAUAAAAAUGGCAAUGGAAAGGUACCUAAUGAGUAUCCUCAUUUUAUGCACGGUUUUUACGAGCAGUGUUUCUCAGUCAGCCUUUGAAGAGAUUCCUAUAAACACUCCGACGUCUACUCGUAUCAUGACGCUUGCAGCAACGCAUAUUGGUGUUCAGCUUACCAGGCAGAUAUCAGCAUUUAAAAGGAUGAACUAUCCUUUGUACAGGGUCAACUUUGAAGGUAGAAACAAUUCUGGUUUGACCUUAACGUGCAAUGCGGUUGUGUAUGAACGAACGGUUGGUAAUGGAUUCGUGACACGUUGGUAUUGUAGGUGGUAAAUGUGAACAACAGCGGCCUCUUUGUAACUCAGUCAAAAAUGAAAUGUUCCAAUUUCUUCAACAAUAAAAGAGACACAUAAA